CUCUGGCAGUGGAUGGUGAGCAACCGCCUUGCGUGUGUUUACGUAUGCACGCUUCUUUUAUUUCAUUGCAUUUUUGCUUCUGUUUGCUCUCCUGUUUUGGUCAGCGGGUGUCAUUUCAACCCACAAGUUCUGUUUUGCUUCCGGUUCUCUUCCUGUGUGGGCAGCAAUCCAAGGGCGGCGUGGCGCUGAGCCGCUGCUGGGUUCGCCUGCCACAGCUGGGAAGGCCUGGGUUGGAUGAGGGCUGCUGCAUCCCCUCACAACCGGCCGACUGUUCCUCUUGUCCCCACAGGCUGCCUGCCUUUCUCCUGUGUUCAUCCUGGCCUGCAGGAGAGCAGCAAAUGGCCGCAGCGCAUCCAUCCCAGGCGGGGGCUCGGGGAAGCAGGCGGCGAGGCGGAGGUGCGAGGGAUGUGAGCGCAGGGGGAGGAGAACGAGCUGCCCUUGCCCAGCGUUUGGGGAGAGAAGCUGCUGAGGCUGGGGUUUCUCUCCUCCACCGGCUGUUUCCCCAGGCCACGGGUGGUUGCAGCAAGGAGCCUCUUUGCUUGCAGGAGCCCGUGAGCUUUGCGGAGGUGGCCGUGUAUUUCAGCAGGGAGCAGUGGGCGCUGCUGGACCCUGCGCAGCGAGCGCUGUACCGGGAUGUGAUGCUGGAGACGUACGCGUGCGUGGCCUCGCUGGCAUCUAAACCUGCGCUGAUCUCCCUGGUUGAAGGAGGGGAAGAUCCCUGGCUCCCGGAUGUACACGGCCUGAAGGACAUGGCAGGAGACGUGUGCCCAGGUGAUGGGAUCGCAAAUGUAAAGGAGAAUCUGCGGGAGAGCGGUGUGCCUGCAGGUCCGUGGGGUGACCUCUCUCUUGGAAAAGCCAGAAGGGAAUCCCAAGGAGGCCUGGAGCAAGGGAAGCACUUGAGGAAGCCUCCGGGAAAGAGAGCGAGGGAAAGCCUGGACUGCGGCCAAGGUCAGAAGCAGCCAAAAGAGCUGAGCAGCAGGGAAGUCUUCCAGAAGAAUGGGCAGAACCCAUGCGAUGGGGGUGGGAAAGGCUUUAAGGAUCGUUCCUGCCUUGCUGCCCAUCAGCGCAUCCACGCGGGAGACAAACCCUUCAAGUGCCACAAGUGUGACAAGAGCUUCAAGAGCAGUUCUCAGCUCGACUACCAUGCGCGCACCCACUCACAAGACAGGCCCUACAAAUGCGCCGAGUGCGAGAAGGGCUUCAGAAGCAGCUCCAACCUGCUGAUCCACGAGCGCAUCCACACUGGAGAGAGGCCGUUCAAAUGCUCCGAAUGCUCAAAGGGCUUCAAAAGAAGAUCCCACCUUGUGAUCCAUCAGCGCGUUCACACGGGAGAGAGACCCUACAAGUGCACCGAGUGCGGCAAGGGCUACAAAACCAGUUCUCACCUCCUGACCCAUCGGCGCAUCCACACGGGAGACAGACCCUACAGAUGUUCCAUUUGCGGAAAGGGCUACAAAAGCAGUUUUGAGUUUAAAUGCCACCAGCGCAUCCACACGGGAGAAAGGCCUUACAAGUGUUCCGAGUGUGCAAAAGACUACAAAACCAGUUACCAGCUCAUGAUCCACCAGCGUAUCCACACCGGAGAAAGACCUUACGGAUGCCCCGAGUGUGCAAAGGGCUUCAAAAGCAAGUCUCAACUCAUGGUCCACCAACGCAUCCACGCAGGGGAAAAACGCUACAAGUGCCCUGAGUGCGCGAAAGCCUUCAGAAGCAGCUCCCAGGUCGCCAUUCACCAGCGUACCCACGGAGCACAGAAAGCCUACAAGCGCUGUGAGCGUGAGGAGAGCAAUUCUGACCUCAGCUCCCCCCAGCACAUCCCCACAGGAGGCAAACCCUACGUCUGCGACGAGGGUGGGAAGGGCUGCAAGAGGAGUUCCGCGCUGCUCUCCCACCUGCACAUCCCCACUCAGUGUCCUGAGUGUGACAAAGACCACGCUUGA